GCCGUGACAACACAGCAAUCAGGCAGGAAAGGAAUAGCACAAGGGCAUCCAAGCACACAGCCAACCAGCGGGCCACAGUAAGACAGAGCCAACCACACAGGAACACCACAGCCACACACAUCACCUCCCUCCCUCACACACAUCACCUCCCUCCCUCCACCUCCUCCCUCACCCCCCAAGAUCAUCAAUCAACAAUCGACCAAGAAGAAGCAGCAAAACAACCACCCAUCACCUCACCUCCUCCUCCUUCAGUGAUCAACCAAUCACCCAGACGGAGUACAUCCCACGACCUCCUCCCUCCCAAUAACACCGUCACUCCCCUCCUCCAGGACCUCCACAACACCUUCAGGAUGUCUCGUUUGGCCAGCAUUCGUCUUACCUCCACCGACAGUGACUCCACUUCCCUCAGUGGCUAUAGGAACUCCACCACCUCCCAGGAUUACAUAGACUCCGAUGAUGUCACUAUGUCGCCACUCAGCCCCAAGAGUCCCUUCAGUCCCAAGAGUCCGUGUAGUCCCCUCAGCCCCAGAUCCCCGCGAGGCUCCAGACCCUGUUCGCCCUCUCCACUGGCGAGUCCGGUGCGAGGAGGUAACCUGGCUUACCUCGCGUCUCGCCGUUCAUCCCGGGACAGUGAGGCGGGGGACGUGGCGCCGCUUAACUAUGCCAGAUUCAAGCAGCGUCGUAGAUCUAACUUCCUGGAGCUGCCGA